UUGUUGGGCAGAGCCAGAUGAACGACCAUGCUGUGAGGAGAUCCUCUCCCGCUUGCUUGAUUGCGAGUACUCUCUCUGCUGAUUUGAUUUCUUUUUGUAUAGGAACCACAGGGAGUGAGUGAGGGAGGAACCAUGAAGGACACAAUCAGGUGCUGCAUCUCCUGCAUUCUUCCCUGUGGAGCUCUUGAUGUUAUCCGAGUAAUACAUUCAGAUGGGCGUGUGGAAGAAUUCAGCCGGAUAAUCCAAGCAGGCGAAGUCAUGAAGGCAAAUCCAAAGCAUGUAUUGAGGAAACCAUCCACUUCAUCUGAGACUGAUCAUAAUGGUGUUACUCCAAAAACUGUGAUUUUACCACCAGAUGCAGAGCUUCAACGUGGGAAAAUUUACUUCCUCAUGCCUGUGUCUUUGCUUCCAGAGAAGAACCAGUCGGGAUCAUCAGCAAGACAGAGGAGAAGAGAAGAGGACAACAAUGGAAGUUCCAUCUCAGUGACAAAAAAACUUCUUUUAUCUGAUCAGUACUUGAGUGAGAUCCUUUCUGAGAAGAUAUCCACACAAAGAGAUCAAAAGCGAGGGCGUGUUGGUGUCUGGAGGCCCCAUUUGGACAGCAUAUCUGAGAAUCCGUCUGAUCUUUAAGAACUGGUUUUGAAUCCUUUGACCUUCGUUUUAGCAGAUGAUCAAUCUAUUUGUAUAUAAACAUCAGAUAUCUUUUCAGUUUUGUUUUGGUUUGCCUUUUUUUUUUCUUUUUUCUUCAUAGUGUCUGGUUUUUUAUGGGAAGAUUCUGAGCAGUUCUGAUAGGAUCUCUUGUACUUGGGAACUGCAUGACUCUCUGAGUUUAGGUGGUUUUGAGCUCUGUCAUGUUAGUUACAGAGGAUCAAAGAAGAGAGAGAGAGAGAGAGAGAGAGAGAGAGAGAGAGAGCUUUCAGUUUCUAUUUCUCUUUGUGAUAAACUACUUAUUAUCAACAAAAAGAAGAAAGGGAAGAAAGUGUGGUUAUUAGUAGUUUACCUUAAAAAACGAAUAAAAUUAGGAGGAUGAUUAUUAUCAUAAUACAAUCUCUAAAUUCAUCAAA